AUGGCGAAAAGAUGUAACAUUCCCACAGGAGAAGAUGAAUGGAUUCGAGAUAUUUUUAUCAAUAACAUGAAGAACUCGGACAUCCAACGGAAACUUCUCACGGAAACCCUACCUCCACUAGAAGCCUCAAAUGUAGCCCUGAUUGACGAAAAAGGAAUAACAAACCACAUCAAAAUGACGAAUCAUAAUUAUCCUUCGGAACAACCGGAUGUACAUAUCGACCACGCUAAUAGAGAAUGCUGUGGAGUAAUCAACGCAUGGUCGGAGUCCGGACAGAGCGAUAACCAUGAUUACUCUGUAUUAAACGUAACAACUAUCUACGACGAUCAAGGAAAGGAACUGAAGAAACUACUAAAUGUCGGCUUAGGAAAUGAAAACCAAGUAAUUCUCAAUAUACAGGUGGAUUCAGCAAGCCCUGUAAGCUUCCUUAAACAGAAUGUGUUACACGAGUUGAAGUUACGAGACCCUUAUGUGAAAAUAUAUCCAGUGGAUAAAGCGACUAAAGAACUCUAUUGCGGAUUUACGAACAAUGCAAUAAUCAUCACUGGAAACGUGUGUCCAAACUGCAGAAAGAGCAAGUAUUCCAAUGUGUACAGCGACGAAGAAGAGAGUGAAGACAGCCAAUCAGAGGGUGACACGACAUCAGACGAGGACGAGGGCGACAGCAGUGACGACGAAGAACAAUACAUGGUUGGAGCGGACGAGUUCCUAGAACAAGUCCAUAAGAGGAAAAAGUUACGCAACCACAAUGUAGAUAAACGACUAGGAUUAAACUUGGACCACAUUGGAAUUGAAAACCGGCUUUUUGCUUCCAUCACUUUUGAAAAACGAAUUCUAAACAGCGAAUCAAUCUCUUAUCUUACAGUGCUGAGCGUACGCAGGCGUUGGCGGGGAUUGAAACUCGGCCAAUUUUUGGUCCAGCUUGUGAUUAAGCUGGCAGGGAGUUCGGACCCUUUGAUAGUUCUCGCAGACGAUGAUGCAAUCGAGUUCUUCGAGAAGCAAGGCUUCCUUCAUGAUCCCAUGAUCUGCAGUAAGUACGACGAACUUAAAAACGAAGGCUCUUGGACCAACUGUACUGUCAUGGUUAAGCUACCCAAACUAAUUCCAGAAGCCAAAGAACUGGAAGAAAUGGAUAUUAAAGAUAUAGAAAACGUGGUCGAGAAAAAAGUGGAAAAAUGGCAGCGACAUGCGUUGAGUCUUUAUCAAGAGCAAGUGUCCUUAAUCACUCAAUUGAAAAAAGAAAUCAUAGCUGGAAGAGAAAAAAUGAAAGAACAGCAGAAAAAGAUCAAGCUAUUAACCGACGAACUAAAUCAGCAAUACACGAACGAAGUUAGAAAUAAUUCGGCCUCAAAACUAGACGAAGUCUCACGGAAUGAAGUAAGUUUGGUCGAGUCACAAAUUGAAAAGUUGAACUUGGACACAGUUUUGAAAGAAAUGGAGCAAUAUGGAAACGAAAGAAGUUCUCAAAUAUCGAAUCGAGGCGACUCCUCAAAUGAAUACAUAGUCGUCACGCCUGUUUCCAGCCAAACUUCGGACAAAACCCGAACAAUUUCACCACCCGAAGUUUCAGUUAGAGACAAAAAAAUUGCUUCUCUAGAAAUCACAAAUAAAACACAGGAAGAGAACCUCGAAAAAGUGAUUAAAAUGUUUAAUUUAAGUUUGAAAAACUCAAACAUGCAUCUUUUCAACCAAAUCAAAGUCGUUCAUGUUCAUCGAAUUCUGAGAGAAGAGACGAGCCCAAUUUAUUUUGCAUGUGAUGAUGAGGAAGAAUGGACUCCUAUGUUUUACAGCGGCUCUAUCUUGUCGGUGUCAGACAUCAAAGGCAUUCGGGACAGGGGGAAAUUUUCGAACUUCAAUUUCACUUAUGGCGACUAUGGAAUCGGACUCUACUUUUCUCGUUUCGCCGAAGUGGCCGUGAAAUUCUCGAAGCUGAACGCAAUUGUAGUAGCUUCAGUGAAAACCGGAGUUCAAACGUCUACUUUGAAAGCGGACUCGAACAGAAGAAGUGCGGGAGACAACUUUGACUCGCUCUGGACUCCUGGACGUCUAAGUGGCACUUUGGGGGGAUCUCCCAGGAGAGAUCAAGCAGCUUCUUCUUCUUCUUUCUCUUCAGAUACUAAUGCCGGCGGAAAAUGUCAAGAGUUGCUCAUAUUUGACACUAAACGAGCAGUACCGACACAUGUCAUCGAAUACGUUUUCAAGUAAAAACGAAUAAUUGGCCAACAGCACAAAGUUUCAAUCAUUCGAGUAGGAAUAACGAUUCAGGCUGUUCAUAUCUUUCGGUUUCUCAUGUUAAUAUGGGAAAAAGCCAGAAAAGGUCAAAAAUAGCCUAAAACGAGACUACUCGCAAAAAUAUCAUUGCUGAAUCACACUCUAAAUUAAAAACUCACCAAAAAAAUUGCAAUAAAAUUUGCCAAUCGUCUGAAUAUAAUGCAAUUGUAACCUCUUCUUCAUAUCAAUGACUGUUUGUACCUAUUGAAUUUGCAUUUUGAAAUUUAUACAUGUUUCGGAUGUGUGAGGUUUGAUUAUGU